GCAGGCUCCGCGGCGAAAGCAAUCCGUUACGCGUGCGAGGGCUGCCGCAGGACACAACGGCUACUUCGCGCGAGUCGACCGCACCGCGUCGUCGACGCAUGCGAUCCAUGGGUGCCUGAGCAGGGGCUGCCCACCGACUGCGCUGUGGGCCGCACGCCACCGCUGCGACGCGUCGACGGCUCGCCUGCGCCCGUCGGGUGACCGGGUCGUGGGCGUAAGCGGACGAUGCCGCGCCGCGCCCUCGUCCUCGCGGCGAGCGUGACUCUGGCAACAGCCAAGAAGCCGCUCAUGCCCAAGUGCGAGGACCAGGCCGACGACAUUGGGGCCAGCGUGUGCCAGGCCAUGCUCGCCGUCGAGUUUUAUACUUGUGAGAAGGACUUCUGUCCCACGUGCGAGGGGCCCCAUGCGGGAGUGUGCAACCUGUCGUGCGACUACUGCCCUACGUAUAUGCCUACAGUAUCGCCGUCAUCCUACACGCCUACGACGCAAUUCGCUCCCUCGUAUCUACCUACGAGACGACCUACAAAACGACCAACAGCUAUGGACGUGACUCCCACAAAUGCACCGUCCUACGAGCCCAGCAAAGCACCUUCCUCAUACCCACCUUCUCUCCGACCGACCGGCGCCUUUCCCACGCAUGCGCCAACCCAGUGCCAUAACGCCGCCGAUGCAGCAUUAGGUGAGUUCACGUGCGCCCAAUGGUUAGCCAGUGACGGCGUCGACUGUUCGUCGGUCGAGGGCGCCUGCGCCCUGAGCUGCGACGAGUGCGGUCCCACAUCGCAUCCGACGAUGCGCUACGACAUGAACUCGCGCGGGCAUCCUACCUAUGCCUUCGACGGGUGGCGCUUGGAGGGCCGGACGGAGCCGCCGGCGCCAUCUGGUGUUGUCGUGGUGGGCGGCGACGCGUCCUACUUCGUGGGAGGAGCCGUCGUCCUGGGAUUCCUGGUGAGUCUCUGUAUCGCGUGGCGGCGGAAGUGCAUUCGGGAUAGGGGCUACGCGCAGUUCGGCGAGGUGCGCGAGGAGCGGGCCUACGAGAUGCCCGACGCCGGGCUGGAGCUGUCGGAUUUUGAUGGUAGGGGGCUGACGUAAGGUUCGAUGGCGUACCCGUGUGUACCCGUUGUGUAGGG